CGAAAGAUGGUAGAACAGUGGAAUGGGGUCCCAUGGAUUUGAUUAAGGGAUUAGAAGAGUUUGUGCCAAUCUAUGACACUCGGCCUAUAAAAAACAACACACAUGGAAUGGGAUUUGAUCACAGCUUUGGUCUUUGGUUCAUGGCACGGUGGCUAAAACCGGUAUUAAUGAUUGAGAGUGGUGCUUUCAACGGGCAUUCCACUUGGGUUCUACGCCGGGCAAUGCCAGAAACUCCGAUCAUAUCUCUUUCACCGCGCCAUCCAGAAAGUUAUCUGAUGGAGGGCCCUGCUUACGUUGAUAAAAACAGCACAUAUUUUGCUGGGAAUGAAUUUGUGGAUUUUGGGAGUAUUGACUGGGGAAAUGUUUUGGAGAAGCAUGGAAAUUUUGAUAUCAAGCAGGUUCUUAUUUUCUUUGAUGAUCACCAAAAUCAUUUGAAAAGACUGAAGCAAGCACUAAAGUUUGGCUUUCAGCAUCUCAUAUUUGGGGACAACUGUGAUACUGGAACUGGGGAUCAUUAUUCGCUAAGGCAGAUAUGUGAUCAAUUCUAUGUUGGAGGUUCGUUCAGGCUUAGUAGCUUGCAUGUUUUUUUAUCUGAUUGUUGUCGUUGAUUUUGUCGAGCUUGAAUUACAUCAUUUCCUUUUUGUAUGCAUAUCAUUAUGCUGUUCUGUUGAGAUAUUUAAUAUUA